UUUAAGAUGAGUGGAAUUGAUAAUUUAAUUGCCUGGCUACCAAAGGAUCAUCACGAGCUUGCUAAUAAGCUUGUUACCGUGGAGAUGUCGCCAUAUUUCAUCUGCAUUCAUUAUUGUCUUGUGACGUUAUCAAUGAGGCAUAGAACAGGGUCACGUGAGUAUGCAAGCGAACAUCCCUUUCCGAGUUGGUUUGUUUGUGUGACGUCAUGUUUUGGUGGUACCUUGCUCAUGAACUUUCUGCUUGGCCGACCGAUCAUUCAAGUGUACUCGAACACGAGCAAUGUUAUCAUGGCGACUCUAAUCUGGUAUUUCGUAUACUUCAGCCCUUUGGAUAUGUUCUAUAAAUUCACUCAACUAAAAUUUGUGAAGGCUGCAAUGUUGGUACUUAAGGAAGUACACCGUAUCCGCAUGAUUAGCAAUGGCGUAAGUGAAGCGAGCAAACAGCACAAAGAUAGCAUUAUUAUCGUUACGCUUAUCGGUUGUGUUAAAGGUAGCGGAGCAAAGUUUUUGUCUCGACCGUUGGAUCAUUUCAUUCGUGGAAAUAUGAUUUCGGAUAACGAAUUUUUAAAACCAACUUUUUCAACUAAACAUUCUGUGGUGAUCAGCGUGUUGCUAUUUGGUUUAAGAGCAGGAUAUUUCGACAUGAAAGAAGAAAUGUUGCUGGCAGUGAUGUUUGUAAUAGCUGCUAUUGCACAAACCAGUAUUUUCCUGUUUGAAAUAAAAGACCCUUACGAGAAGCUGGAGAAACUUCUAUGCAAUGUCCUGUUACAAAUGCCAGAUGAGGUAGCAAGGAGUGAGAAAAGCAAAAAAGAAUAGGCCUUGUAUAUAUUUAUUUACCAUAAUACAUAUUUAAUAGCUAUUUUAAUGCUUUA